AAAACUGCGAGAGUCGCAUACAUAGAGACUAGAGUAGAAGGAUGGCAUGAACAAAAUUUAAAUUGAUCGAAUUACGCGAUGAUAUUGACAUGAUUACCACACCCAAAAAGAAAAGGAAAAUAUGGACAUGAUUAGGCUUUUGUUUGUUUGUUUAUCAAGGUUAUUUUUGGGCAUGGCCUAAGGUGUUUUAGAAGUGCGAUAGAGCAAGUUGUUAUUUUACUGAAAGUGAUUUUUGUGGUAAUAGAAAUACAAUAGAGGGAUGCAAUGCAAUGCAACAAGGAAGAAGAAAGUUGCAAUCCAAUCGCAAUCGCACUUGGUUUGGUACGGUGAUUUAAUUUGAGUUUGGUUAAGAGUCUCAUCGUAGUGUGUCAUUGCAUUUGCAACCGAAGAAUCAAAUCAAAUCGGUGGCCGGAAACUUAAGUUGGUUCAGAUCCGAUGGAGGCAAUCGAAGAUUUGGUUCAGCUCUCCGAUUCUAUGCGCCAAGCCGCCGCCGUCCUCGCCGACGAAGAUGUCGACAACUACAAGCGCCCUUCCACUUUCCUCAAUGUCGUUGCGCUCGGCAAUGUCGGUGCUGGAAAAUCUGCUUCCUUGAAUAGCCUCAUUGGACAUCCUGUUUUGCCAACUGGUGAGAAUGGUGCUACCAGGGCUCCCAUUAGCAUUGAAUUGAAUAGAGACACCUCUUUAAGCAGCAAGUCAAUCAUCCUGCAAAUUGACAAUAAAACUCAACAGGUUUCUGCAAGCGCCCUUCGGCAUUCUCUACAGGAUAGACUAAGCAAAGGUUCAUCUGGUAGGAGUCGUGAUGAAAUAUAUCUCAAACUACGUACCAGUACAGCACCUCCAUUGAAAUUGAUUGACUUGCCUGGAUUGGACCAGCGGAUAGUGGAUGACAAAAUGAUCAGUGAAUAUGUUGAGCACAAUGAUGCUAUUUUGCUGCUAGUAGUCCCUGCUGCUCAGGCGCCAGAAAUUUCAACAUCACGAGCCCUUAGAGUAGCAAAGGAGUAUGACGCAGAAUCCACCAGAACUGUUGGCGUUAUCAGUAAAAUUGAUCAAGCUUCUUCGGAACCAAAAGCCCUUGCAGCGGUGCAGGCUCUCCUAUUGAACCAGGGACCGCCUAAAACCUCUGAUAUUCCAUGGGUUGCUUUGAUAGGGCAAUCUGUUUCUAUAGCUUCUGCACAGUCUGGGAGUGGAGCAUCCGAGAAUUCAUUGGAGACUGCUUGGCGUGCUGAAACUGAAAGUUUGAAAUCAAUAUUGACUGGAGCCCCUCAAAGCAAGCUAGGUAGAAUUGCUUUGGUUGAGUCUCUUGCUGGACAGAUUCGCAAUCGUAUGAAGCUUAGGCUUCCAACUCUCCUCACUGGUCUUCAGGGAAAGUCUCAAAUUGUUCAGGAAGAGUUAGUGAAGUUUGGUGAACAAAUGGUUAGUAGUUCUGAAGGUACAAGAGCUCUAGCCUUGCAGUUGUGCCGUGAAUUUGAGGACAAAUUUCUUCAACAUCUUACUGGAGGCGAGGGUAAUGGUUGGAAAGUUGUUGCUAGUUUUGAAGGGAAUUUUCCUAACAGAAUCAAGCAACUUCCUAUCGACAGACACUUUGACAUAAACAAUGUCAAGAGGAUUGUCCUUGAAGCAGAUGGAUAUCAACCUUAUCUUAUCUCUCCAGAGAAAGGUUUGAGAUCCUUAAUUAAAGGCGUUCUUGAACUGGCAAAGGAGCCAUCACGACUGUGUGUUGAUGAGGUGCAUCGUGUGCUUGUGGAUCUUGUUUCUUCUUCUGCAAAUGCAACGCCUGGUCUUGGAAGGUAUCCUCCAUUCAAGAGAGAGAUUGUGGCAAUUGCAAGUUCAGCCCUAGAGGCAUUUAAAAAUGAAUCCAAAAAAAUGGUGGUUGCACUAGUUGAUAUGGAGCGUGCAUUUGUUCCUCCCCAACACUUUAUUCGUUUAGUGCAGAGGCGAAUGGAAAGGCAACGCCGAGAAGAAGAGCUAAAGAACCGGCCAUCCAAAAAGGCACUUGAUGCAGAACAGUCAAUUCUAAAUAGGGCAACUAGUCCUCAAACAAGUCAACAAAGUGGGGGGAACUUAAAAUCGAUGAAAGAGAAAUCCAGUCAGCAAGACAAGGAUACACAAGAGGGAUCUGGCUUGAAGACUGCAGGGCCUGAAGGGGAGAUAACUGCAGGAUAUUUGUUGAAAAAAAGUGGAAAAGGUAGUGGUUGGAGCAGACGAUGGUUUGUUUUAAAUGAGAAGACUGGCAAGCUUGGAUACACCAAAAAACAAGAAGAGAGACAUUUCCGAGGAGUAAUUACGUUAGAGGAAUGCAAUAUUGACGAGAUUUCUGAUGAUGAUGAAGCCUCCACAAAGAGUUCCAAGGAUAAAAAGUCAAAUGGACCUGAUUCUGGAAAAGCAUCAAACCUUAUUUUCAAGAUUACAAGCAAGGUCCCUUACAAGACUGUUAUGAAAGCUCAAAGUGCAGUUUUGUUAAAGGCUGAGAGUAUGGCAGAUAAGGUUGAGUGGAUCAACAAGUUAAGAAGUGUUGCACAGGCUAAAGGAGGUCAAGCCAUUGGUGAACCUAGUUUUCCUAUGCGACAAAGCCUUUCUGAUGGUUCUCUUGAUACGAUGGCCAGAAAACCUGCAGAUCCAGAAGAGGAGCUCAGAUGGAUGUCUCAAGAAGUGCGUGGUUAUGUUGAAGCUGUUCUUAACAGCCUCGCUGCAAAUGUUCCAAAAGCAGUUGUUCUUUGCCAAGUAGAGAAAGCCAAAGAAGACAUGCUCAACCAGCUAUACAGUUCCAUCAGCGCUCAAAGCUCUGCAAAAAUUGAGGAGCUGCUCCAGGAAGACCACGAUGUCAAGAACAAAAGGGAGAGAGUUCAGAAACAGUCUUCCCUUCUUUCAAAACUCACUAGGCAGCUUGGUGUCCAUGACAACAGAGCGUCUGCAGCAUCCAAUUGGUCUGAUAAAGGGAGUGCAGCAGAAAGCAGCCCAGGAAGCUCUGGACCCUCAUCAGUUGAUGAUUGGAGGUCUGCAUUUGAUUCUGCUGCCAAUGGUCCAAGCGACUUGCCGUCUAGGUAUGGUUCUGGUGGUCAUAGUAGACGAUACAGUGACCCAUCCCAAAAUGGUGAUGUGAGCUCAGGCUCAAAUUCUAACAGUCGUCGGACGCCGACUCGGUUGCCCCCUGCUCCCCCGCAUUCUGGUUCAAGAUAUUAAAUGACGCCACAUAUGGUUUUAAUCAAAAUUAUGCAUUCUUGUCGGAUGAACACUUUCAGUUUUUUCUACUUAUAUCGAGACUGUCCCACCUCCUUUUAGACUUUAGUCGGAAUGUUUUAGUUUUGUAGAUAAGGAAAGUAUUGCUAUCACAUUCAUCUUCAGGUCAUACGCAGUAUGCGUCCAAUUUUAUUCCCUUACUGGGUAUGUGGGGGCAUUGUUGGGUGAGAUGAUUUUGCCUGCCCAACAUUCUUUUUCCUCUUACAAAUGUAAUUGUUUUGUAUGCAAUGUGAUUAUCAGCAUUUACAGAAAUCCGCAUUAAUCGCGAC